AUUAUCUCCCCUUGCCUGGUUGCUGACGUGAGGCGUCCCUGACAUCGGGGAACAUUGUGCAGGGGGUUGGUGUUGUUCAUAAUUUGUGUAGUUCUACUGUUGUUUAUUUGAACUUGAAAUCGUUUCCAAGUACUUAAAUUUUCAAAUAUGCCACGAAGGGCUAUGAGAUGUUGUGUGGAUCUGAAAAUUAGAGCGGUGACAGCUCCUGGGGUUUGGUUAUCUAGCCGGGAAGAUGUCUACCUCAGUAUAUCUAUGUUUGGUGAAUACAGGACCACCAACCUUGUACCUUCUAUUUUCCCCUUAUUUAUAAAGGAAGAUUUAGUUUUUGAUAAAACCUACUACACAGCAUUAGACCCUUCACAAGUGGCUGAUUUCUUGGAAGAUGAGCUGGUAAUAGUAGAACUAUUACAAUUGCGCGAUGACUGUGACGGUGCUAUUCGUCUGGCUUCCUAUUCUUCAAAUGCUCGUGACUUCCUAUUUCCAUACCCAUCGUUAGCUCCUGCCUAUGCCUCCAACACAAGAGAACUCCUUCUGGCUCGCACUAUGGACUUCCCUGGCAUUGCACCCAAGCUGGAGUUUUUCACUGUUACCAACAUCAGUGAAUCUCUUUCCCCUGAGUUAGAUGCUCUGGAGGACGCUCUGAGAGAUGAGAGGAAAUCUAGAAGGCGAUCUCGCUCAACAUCACGACCAUCAUCAAGAAGCUCCAUGAGGACAUACGUGGAUGUUGAUGCUGAGGAGGACCAGAAAAACUACCACAAGCCAACAGUUGCCUCUGUUUUUCGUUCUAGGUCUCCGUCUCCAGUGUACAGGAAGAAGCUAGAGCAAGUAGGAACAAGCAAGCGCCCAUCCAGUGCCAGCUGUGUCGGACGACCUCCAUUUGUAGUCAGACAUCUGGAGAAAAGCCUGAUCGGUCGUAUCCCAGGAACCGGAGGACCCAAAACCAAAAAGAGUAAGAAAAAGGCCAAGCGUUCCAGCAGCAGACCUCGUAGUGCCUUGUCAGAUACAGAAUAUUACAGUGAUUACGCCUCCUACCCUGAUGUCAACAAAUACCGCCUAAGAAAGGUGAUGCGGGAUGCUGGAGAUGAUCCAAUUCCUGUCUAUCAGUCACGAUUUGUUCCAAGCGACGAUGAAGAUGCUGAGGUCGCUGCCCUGACCCGCUCAGUAGAUGACCUUUACAUCCCUCCAAGGUCCCGCUCCCCCAGCCCCCUACUGUAUCGGUCCACCCUGCGACAGAGGUAUGGUGGCCUCACCCCUGCUGAGAGGAUUGAACUGAGGGUACAGGAAAGUCUAAGGCGGAGUCGGGAGAUCCUGAGGAGUGUGUCUCCUGCUCCCAGAAGGUACUCCCCAUAUAUAUCACUUUCCAGGAACUCGUUGGAUGACUUACAAAUUGAUACCAGCAUUGUGAAGAGUCGGAGGUAUUAUUAGACGUCCAGCUGUGGGAUGCUCCUAGUUUACAUCCCGCGAGCCGCCGUACACCUGGACAACGGGAAAUAUUGGACAGACAGAGCAGCUCAAUUUACAGCCAAGUCUCACCGACAAGUUUUCAACGAUACCCUGAGCACAUCAUACCAGAAAAUGUAUAAGAACGCAUAUUAAUUUGGGAAGAGAAUUGUAUUUAGUGUCAGUGGUCAGCAUAUACUGCCAUUAGGGACCAGUGUCAACCAAUCUCUGUGAUAUACUUACUGUACCUCAACAAUUUUAGUGAGCUCUUUAUUUAUUGUAGAAUUUUCUUAAAAAUUAACCACUAAAAUUACACACAUGCACUUUAUCAUUUCAAAAAUUAAUGGAAUAUUUCAGAAAGCUUAUCAAAACAAGUCUUCUGUAAUUUCAGUAGAUUAAACGAUUUUGCAAAACUAAGUAACUCACCAAUUUUGUCUGGCUACGGUAAUAUUUGUUUUUAAUUGUAUUUUUAGGUCUUCAUGUUAGAUAAUUAUGGUAUUUAAUCAAAUAGUUAUUUAUUUUAUGUAUCAUUUUAUGAAAUUUGUUGAAGGCAGUUUAAGAUUUUAGAUAUCAUGUCUACAAAGGAGUUUCAGUCUUUGCAAAAACUGCAAAUUUUCCACAGCUGAGCUAGGGAGGAUAAAAAAAGGCCUAGAAAUGCAUUACCUCAACCGAAAGUGCUGACAUUUUUCAUCAUGACAAUGUUUCUAAUGUCAAUAAUCCUUAUUAAAGUAGUUUUUUAUGAAUAUGUAUGUAUGUAUACCAAGGAUCACGUUUAUGUAGAUUAUCAAACACAUUUUGUAUAUAAAUUAAAGAAACACCAGUACCUUGUCUGAAAAAUGAUUAUAUUUUAUGAAACUGCUAAAAUCAAAAAUAUUUACUUUCAAAGAGAAUAAUCAUAAAAUAUUAUUCUCUGCAUAUACUUGAUGUACUAUUUUUUUCUCUGUAUCAGCUCUUUAAACUUUUUUAUUCUUAAUGAAUUUUUUCGUAGUUUUAUGUUGUUUCCUUGUUUCUGUAUUGUAAAAUAUUGGUAUUAAAAGAAAGAAAAUUAAAAAAUAAAGUUUUUAAAUCAGAAUAUGUUAUUAUUCUGUAUACCCGAGGUACCAAAUAUCCACUUAAAGAAAUCUGCAUGAAGUUCGCUGUCUUCAAAGUCUUUGCCCUUUUUCCCUUCUGGUAAUUUAUAAGCCUUUUACAAUAGUAUAUAUAUAUAUAGGAGAAAAAGUUGUGAAUGUUCAGUUAGAUGCAAUGUUGUAAAAUAAAUUGUUUUCAGCAGGGAAAGUGUUUACUUUGUUAAAUCCAUCUGAUUUACAAAUAUCUAUUCAUAAAAAUAUACAGAAAGUAAACGAGAAUAAUACAUUGAAAAUAUUAACUUGAGCUGUCUUACGUGGAAUAUAUCCAUAUAUUUAUUAUAGAAUGAGGCAAAGCCUCAGUGAUACCAAUACUCCGCCCAUUCCGACCCGACCUGUGAUUCAGUAUUAUGUUGUAGUCAGUGUUAGAGACUAACUUAGCAGGGUUUCCUUGGUAACAGAUUUUUUCACAGUUAGUUAUUUAUUUGCCUGCCAAGGAUAGAUGCAUUCAUUGCAGCAUACAUCAGCACCAAGUUAAGCUAGAUAUUUUGUUCUGUUAAGUUUCACAUAUAUUUUCACGGUAGAAUCUCAUUAGCCCUACAAUUGUAUUCUGCCCAAAAGACUCGCAUUCCAUUCAGUUGUUGUGAGGAAAUGGUUAGGUGUUGAAGCAACGAAUCCUGUUUCGUUACUUGAGGAAAAUUAUUACAGAUUUUUACCUGAAGCCUGAUGAUUAAAUGACCAGGAUGUACCGUGUACAUGUUGGUUGGGGUCAGUUUACUGAAGUAAAUGUGUUGUUUGGGGAACUUUACCCGACAUAACUGGAUGCUGUUUUUAUGUAACGUAAAUGACGUUCAACAUUAGUUAGGUUAUAUACAUGGUUAUUUUUCUAAAGGGAAAUUGUGUUAAAAGUUUUCUCCAUUUAGUACUGGGCUGUUCCAGAAGUAACUUUAUGGGAGGGAUGGGAGAGAUGAGAGGCAUUUUUUCUGAGGCUGAGCCAGUCAUUGGAUACUAGAACUAAUUCAUUAUAAGGAAUGGAAGGCAGACUGGCGUUUUACCCCUCCAUUCUUAAUAAUAUUGCUACAGGUGCCUCCCACCUCCCCUUAUGAUUAAUUAUGGAAUAGCCCUUAACUAACUGUAUGUUUAUCACUCAAAUUAAUUUUCAAAUCAAUUCAUCAGCUGUUACAAUCAAGCAGUUGUCAUGAAAACUCAAACUGGAUUAAUUUCUACUUUAUGAGUUAGAUUUUCACAUCUGAAAUUAGACUUGUACAGUCUGAACCGAAUUGGUUUUAGCUGAAUUUCAAAUCCAGUCUUGCAGAUUCCAAUAUUCCGUCUGUCAGAUUAAACAGCUGUGUGCGAGGAAUCCAUACAUACAUUGCACGUUCUACACACCCCAGUGAUUUUAUGUCUAGUUUUAUCUGUAUUUGAAUAUGAAAUUAUAUACAUGUAAUACCAAAUAGAAAAUAAAAUAUUUAUACA